AUGAGUGACGAAGUGGCUGUUACUUCGGCGUCUCCGACCCCGACCCCUUUGCCAACCCCAACUCCAUCAUCAACGCCAUCAAACGAUGAGGUUAUAAACCUCCUAUUCAAUCAAUAUAAAGAAAUACAUCCGGUAAAUAAUAAAUACAUGUUGAGAACCGAGGAAGAAAAGGACAAGGUCCAAUCAUGGUUCAACUUAAGAACAUUGCCCAUUAUUGGAAGAUUUGUACCUGACGUCGAUGAACGAACAAAAUUGAUCAAUGAUCUUUUGGAAUUUCAGAAAACAACAACAAAUUAUCGAGAUUGGUACGAAACGUCUUUGAAAUUAGACGAAUUACUAGGAAACAAUGCUUGGAAAUCGGAUCCAAAAUCCGACAUUUACGACUACGACUUGAUUUACAAACACUUGAACAUGAUGAGGCAAGCGCGAUUAAGAAACGACUUUAAAUUUCUAUUGUAUUACGUGCGAACAAGCUGGAUAAGAAACUUGGGCAAUAUAGGCGAUGCAGAUUUGUACCGUCAUUCGUAUGUCGGUACCAAGAAACUCAUUGAGGAGUACUUGCAAGAAUGCCAACUAGCACUAAACUAUCUUGUUGAGGAUGGCGGGUCUCAGUUGGAUGACAGGUAUUUACUAGGUAUGCUCAUCCAGACGAGAAAAAACAUUGGUAGAACAGCAUUGGUGUUAUCUGGAGGCAGUACUUUUGGUGUCUUUCAUAUUGGAGUCCUUGCAACGCUAUUUGAAGCUAAUUUGUUGCCCAGGAUCAUAAGCGGUUCUUCUGCGGGAUCUAUUAUGGCGAGUAUAUUGUGCUCUCAUACAAACGAUGAAACGGUGGAGUUGUUGCAGACUAUUGCUAGGCGGAGAUUCAACAUUUUUGACAUUACAGACUAUGAUCCAACAAAAGUUCAGGGCAAAUUCCGUAAAGUGUUGGUCUUUUUGGGCCACUUGAUCAAGUAUGGUACAAUCUUUGAUAUCGAUGGACUACAAGAAACUAUGAUGGGCUUCUUGGGAGAUUUGACGUUUAGAGAGGCAUACAAUCGAACAGGGAAAAUCUUGAACAUUACUGUUUCGCCAGCUUCGAUCCACGAGCAAACACGUCUCCUUAAUCAUUUGACAGCUCCCAAUUGUUUGAUUUGGUCUGCUGUGUGUGCCAGUUGCUCAGUGCCUGGAGUGUUUCCCUCAAGUUCAGUUUAUGAGAAAAACGUAAAGACAAACGAGAUACACGAGUGGAACAAUGACGAGCUGAUGAAGUAUAUGGAUGGUUCAGUUGAAAAUGAUUUACCCAUCACGAGAUUGCUGGAGAUGUUCAAUGUUGACCAUAUCAUUGCUGUCCAGGUCAACCCUCACGUUGUACCAAUUAUGAAAGUUUCCGUGAGCAAUAUUGGUGGAGAUGUGGAAAACGACUUGAGCUAUAAGCUAAAGCAUCUCCUUAAUAAUGCUUACGAUUUUGUAUCUUGUGAGGCUAUCCACUAUUUGCAGUUAUUGACAGAGCUCGAUAUCCAAAAGAACCUUUCUAAUAAGCUCAUUUCGAUAUUAUCCCAAAACUAUUCAGGUGACAUCACGAUCCUACCCGACUUUAAAGUUUCUGAUUUUGCCAAGAUUUUUGAAAACCCCAAACCCGAUUUCUUGCUCGAUUUCAUCUGCCGCGGUGCCAAGGCUGCAUGGCCCAAAAUUUCCAUAAUACACAAUCACUGUAGUAUCGAGUUUGGUCUCGAUAAGGCAAUCAGUAUACUUCGUGGAAGGAUUAUAACUUCUGCGAAUAAUAGAAUUAAAGGACUGGAGGGCGAGAUGAAGCGCAGUCAACUGUACUACAAACCAGUGCAUGCUACUCUAACAUUUAGUACAUCACCGGUAUUAGUUGCUGAUGCACUGGCUACUGCACCAAGUACUCCAAUAAAGCCACAAAGGCGACCCAUAUUGAGAAACAAUACCGGGAACUUGUCGCAAAGACGAAUAAAGGCUAGAUCAACAGCAUUUGAAGGAAGUAGCGGCCACAUUUUUCACAAAAAGGGUAGUUCGUCGACUGCUCUUACACAAUUGGCUCGUGAUUAUUUCCCUGGUGAUUCUGCUUUAGCUUCAGACGAAACUGGUGGCGAGACAGGCGGAGAAGGAGAGAUUGGACUUAAGAGUAGCGAAUCUGGUGAAACUGCACUUAUACCUCACCAAUUUAGCAUCAGGCAAAGGAUCCGUAAGACAAAAAGCUCGAGCAACUUUGCAAACAAUAGAAAUAGGUCUGAGUCGAAUAUAUCGACCCCUCGAAAUAAUGAGAGGGAUAAAGGUUUUGAAGAUAGCUACGAGAAGGCCAAUCUUCCAUCGAGGUCGCGUUCGUUAAAGAAUUCGUACAUUGGCUUAAACAGACUCAAGGAUAAAGAGAAUAGCAGUCAAGAUCUUAUGAAGAGGUUGGAAAAAGAGCGAAGGAAUAUUGCAAAGAAGAAUGGUAAUGGGUAUAAACAAACGCGAAUCAAUUUGAGCGAAGACAGUGAUGACGAAGCAUUGUUGCAAUGCAGCGACGAGUCUGGAAAUGAUGAUGCUGGUGACGAAGAAGAAGAAGAGGAGGGGGAGGAGGAAGAAGAAGAAGAAGAAGAAGAAGAGGAAGAAGAUGAUGAUGAUGAAGACGAUGAUAGUGACAGUUAUAAAAGAGGUGAUGAGGAAAGUUUAACUCAAUCAGGCGUCAUUAGUGAGGGUAGGAGUAGAAAGAGUGAAAGAAGCGAGAAUAGUGAGGAUGAAAAUGACGACUUGAAAGUCACACCAAUCACUAAUGGAAGUAGCGAAGAUAACAUAGUGCGACAUAUAAGCUCUGCUCCAGCGGUGCCAACAGCGCCAACGAUGCCACCUGCACCAGUGCUAAUGGAAAGAGGAACGGAAAGUCUUGUUGACGAGAUAGGUUCAUACUAUGGAGUAUGA